AUGGCGGAACCAGGCGCGCGUCCGGCUCAUUGGAAUCCGUUCUAUCCACGUCAAUGCCCUCCUUCUCACCUAAGCGAAUAUGAAGAGGUUGCCUACUUUUACAACAUGCAACUAAGAGCGCAUCCAUCGCCAACGGAAAUGAAUUUGUCGCUGCUUUUGCUUGCACUUGAAUUCUAUGUUGUAUAUGGCGGGCUUUGGCUUCCAUGUGGCAUCUACUACGAUUUAUAUAGCGGCCUCUACAGUCAACAGGAACAGGAAGAAGACGAGUAUUGGAUGUGCGUACCGAGAACCGAAACGUGUUUAAAGGUCAGCGAUCCGUGCUCACUGAAUGAAACUCACUACUACGCAAAACGCAGUAUUUGCGAAGGAAGAUGCAAAUCAAGAGUAGAUUUAUUCAUUGAGCAUCAAAUAUAG